AUCUUGGAUAUACAGUAAUGCCUACAGUGUGAAGCGCUUCACUGACGGAGAGCCGGAGAGAGACAGACACACACACAGGGAGAGAGAACACGGUUUCAUCCGAACUCAAGACGCGUAACCAGGAGGAAUAUAUAUAUAUAUUUUUUGUUUUUUUUAAUAAGACAAAGCUGCUAAUUUUCGCUGCUCCUUUAGCCGGACAUGCUAACCGUCUCUGAGGGACCCGAUUCGGGCAAACGGACGCCGGCGAACCGUCGACAUUUCACCGCUUCGACGUUUUAACCGAUUGUUUUUUUUUUUUCUUUCUUUCUUCUUCAUUUCUUUUCCUCAGAGACAACAGGGAAAAAACCGAAUAUAUAUAUAGAUAAAAACAUAUAGAUAAAAAUCCGCUAGUAUUUUGUCUUCUCUAUAACGUUAUUGUGCGUUAAAGAGAACGCUCGCGCACACAAUGUGAAUUAACAAAUAUAGCCUUAGCCUCGUUAGCUCUUGUUUAUUUUUAUUUUUUAUUGUCUAUUUUAUUAAACUAACCCGUUCGGUAUAUUCAGACGUUUAAUACACGUAUUAAUCUACCUCGGUGUCAUUUUUAACAGCGUGCGGAUGUGAAUACAAACGUCCACGACUUUUGUCCGAUAAAAGUGACAAACGUUUUAUUUCGAUUUGUUUUUAUUUUAUCGCUUGUAAAAUGUCGAAUUUGUAAGAUUUAAUAACAUUAACGUGGUCAGUUAUAGAAUUAUUAAGUGUUUGGUUUAGGGGGGGGGGAGAAAAAAAAAAGUGUCCCAGAGAGAAGCUGUGAUCUGUCCGAAAGGGAUCUCGUUUUGAUUUGUUGUUCAGUUUCGAUUAAUAAACUGAGAUUUUUUUUUUAUUAUUUAUUUUUUAUUAUUAUUAUUAUUAUUAGAUCGUAAUGUUCGUCUCGUCAACACAGAGAUAUAAUCUACAGCUGUGUUUUUCGCCCCUACGUGAUUUCUGUCUCUCUUUCUGGUUUUGUUGUUUCGAGCUGUAAACGAUUUUAUAUGAUCGAGUGGAUCAUCGAUAGGUCGUUAUCGAGCACUUGGGAUUCUUGGGAUUUUUUUUAAACCCCCCCAACCCACCCCACACACACACACACACACCCACCCACCCUUCGGCAUGGAUGUGUUUUAAAGCAGUUGAUCACUGGUCAAGAGAGCGAACAGGGACAUUACUGGAGGCCUGUCGGAUUCUGACGGAAAGAACUACUUGGUUUUUUAAAAGGACCGCAAAUAUAUAAAUAUAUACAAUGGGUUCUGCGACAAAACUGGCCUUCGGAGUGUUCCUCAUCUCAUGCUCCUCAGGCGCCAUCCUGGGACGCUCCGAGACCCGCGAAUGCGUGCACUACAACUACGGCCCGAGCUCAGAGCAGCAAGGCAACCGCACCGGCAUCGAGGCCUGCGUAGGUGACAAGGACAAGCGGCUGCACUGCUUCGCCACAUGGCGCAACGUGUCAGGGAAUGUCGCAGUAGUGAAGCAGGGCUGCUGGCUCGAUGACGUCAACUGCUACGACAGCACGGAGUGUGUGGAGAGGAAAGAGGACCCAGACGUGUUCUUCUGCUGCUGCGAAGGCAACAUGUGCAACGAAAAGUUUUUCUACAACCCGGACGCACAGCCUGUACAGAGUAAGACUCCGAUCACCGACCGAAGCAGUGGAGUUUUUAAGGCUACGUCUAACCCGUUUACCCAAAAGCCUCCGCUGUUCAGCACCCUCCUGUACUCUCUUGUGCCUAUCAUGGGCAUCGCAGCCAUCGCCCUCCUCUCCUUUUGGAUGUAUCGGCAUCACAAGCUGGCGUAUCCGCCCGUCCUGGUGCCCACGCAGGACCCUGGCCCCAUGCCCCCUUCGCCCAUCCUCGGCCAGAAGCCGCUGCAGUUGUUGGAGAUUAAAGCCCGUGGUCGGUUCGGCUGUGUGUGGAAAGCACAGCUGCUUAACGACUACGUGGCUGUCAAGAUCUUCCCCAUUCAGGAUAAGCAGUCUUGGCAAAACGAGUAUGAAAUAUACAACGUUCCUGGCAUGAGGCACGAGAACAUCCUCCACUUCAUCGGUGCGGAGAAAAGAGGGGUCAGCCUGGACACCGAGUUGUGGCUCAUUACAGCUUACCACGAAAAGGGUUCGCUGACUGACUAUUUAAAAGCCAACGUGGUGACGUGGAACGAGCUUUGCCACAUCGCUCAGACCAUGGCACGAGGUCUAGCGUACCUUCAUGCUGAUGUCCCUGGCCUCCGAGACCGGCACAAGCCGGCCAUUGCUCACAGGGAUAUCAAGAGUAAGAACGUGCUGUUGAAGGCUAAUCUGACAGCCUGCAUCGCUGAUUUUGGCCUGGCCUUGAGGUUCGAGGCCGGCAAGUCUGCCGGAGACACACAUGGACAAGUGGGAACGAGACGCUACAUGGCUCCCGAGGUGCUAGAGGGGGCCAUCAAUUUCCAGCGAGAUGCCUUUCUCAGGAUAGACAUGUACGCCGUGGGCCUGGUGCUUUGGGAACUGGCAUCCCGCUGCACAGCCGCAGACGGUCCAGUGGAUGAGUACAUGCUACCGUUUGAGGAGGAGGUGGGUCAGCACCCCACUCUAGAGGACAUGCAGGAAGUGGUUGUGCAUAAAAAACUGAGGCCCACACUGCGCGAGUGCUGGCACAAACAUCCGGGUCUGAGCAUGCUGUGUGAGACCAUAGAGGAGUGUUGGGACCACGAGGCCGAGGCUCGUCUCUCAGCAGGUUGCGUAGAGGAGCGCGUGCUACAGGUGCAGCGCCUCAUCAGCAUUUCCGCCCCCGACGACAUCGUCACCGUCGUCACCAUGGUGACAAACGUGGACUUUCCACCCAAGGAAUCCAGUCUAUGACUAGAGGAGAACAGCGUGUGACGUUACAUGGGCGAAAAAAAACCCACACACAGCUCAGAGCCGCUCGCUCGAAAUCCCUGGUGAUUGUACUGUAUAUUCGGUUGGUUGCGGUCACCACUGCUGGAUCUUACAAUGUGCUCGUUUCAGUAGCACUUAGAGUGCGUGUGUGUGUGCAAACUCAUGUCAUGAGGCUUUCCGGACAGGCCGAACACCUAACAAGAGGACCUCAGGCGACACACUGACUUUUAGAAACCGGACAGUGUCACACACAGUGACACUCUUGUUUCAUCUGAAUGAGAGAGAAACAGAGCUUUUUUUUUCUCCGAGAAAAGAAGGAGAAAAAGAAAAAAAACUUCCUUUCCUUAUUUCAGUGUACAAAAAAAAAGGAAAAAGGGCAACAGUACUUUCUGAGAACACAUUUGACUUGUUGCGAUGCCAAUACGAAACAGCUUCUGAAUGUCUAGCGUGUCACUGCUGUAUAUUCAACCGAGAGGACGAAAAAAAAAAAAACGAUCGUUUUGUAUCUCUGGAUUUCCCUCCCAGCGUUUCUGUCAAAUAACCACGAACCUCUCUCGACAAGGUAUACCUCAGUUUCUCAUCCUAAUAACAAGUUUGUUUUGUAACACUAUAUAAAGGAAAAAAAAAACUAUGAAGCUAUCUGUUGACCUGCAACGGGCACAGAAGCUUUUUAAUACAAGGGGUCGGGGGGACCCUUUAUUUAUAUAUAUAUAUAUAUAUAUAUAUAUAUAUAUAUAUAUAUAUAUAUAUAUAUAUAUAUAUAUAUGACGACAGAUUAUGCCAAGAAAAUAUGGCCAUUCAUAAACCAGUGUUUUUCUGCCUUCUUUCUAUUACUCGUCUUAUUGCCCGUGUCUUUUCCGUGCUGCCCUGCCGUUUAAAAUGUGACUGUUUUCUGAACAUUGUGACAAAUUGAUUGUAAAAAAAAAAAAAAAAAUCAGUUUUUAGAACUUUAUCAAAUCCUGUUGAGAAGAAAAUCCCUGAAAUAUAUGAAUUCUGUGAAAAUAUGAAAGCACUUACCAGUAUAGGUUUGCGGUGUACUCACGGCAAUCGACAUACGUGCAUGCCUCGUAUUUCUUUUACUCUUGUGCGUGAAAUCUCGAGCAGUCAUCGGUCUUCUCCCUGAUUCAGAUUUUUUUAUUUUUAUUUUUUUUUCCUCAGCAGGGUGUUUUGUUUUCAUUUGUGCAGAUCCUCGUCCGCUUCCCAAGCUAACCCGAGUACGGCUUCCUUCACCCCCGAUCCUAACCCAAGUGUAAAUACGUACACCGUAAACAUCUAGCCUCAGAUUAGCGGCUACGCGUCACCACGUUUGAAUAGUUCAUGUCUCAGGAAGCCUUUAUCUUUCGAGCGUUUCUCUUCCGGUGCCAUUCUGGUGAUCCAUGUCGUAUCGUGUAUGCAAGAGGCCUUCAUCACGUCCUUUACUCAACCACUUCACCCUGGAUUUUUAGUUCCACUUUGUAGCUUGAUGUGUUGUUAUUUUGAUGUCACCAAGCUAAACGAUGCCAUGUGAAAAGGUUUAGAUCGAGUCCUAAGACUUGCACACAAGUAUUAUCUUCAUACGCUGGUGUCAUUCAUUAACACUGGGUUUACGGUGACUACCGUCGAGAAGAAUCAGGUCGCCGUUGUGAUUCUAUUUUUUUAACCCAUCCUAAAGCGCUCAGGUCUGUGUGACCGUAUGCAAGCGUGCUCUCAACUCCAGCAUUCUCACUCAAACUCUGACACUCGCGUGCAUUGUGCUGCUCAUCCUUCUGACCAGGUGCCAACAUGUGUAUAUAUAUAUGUAUAUAUACAUGUGCGUAUAUAUAUACAUAUAUAAAUAAACUUUCUUCAGAGACCAAGUGUCCUAACGCUCAUUCUAACGCAAUAUCCUUUGCGUCUCUGCAACAUGAUUUGAUUUGCAUGGUGCUGACUGGCCACGUUAGCGUUUUCGGGGAAAAAGUCAUCCGCGAAACACCAGGUAAGCUCUUUCACUUCUGGAAAGCUGGCUUGUCUGAAGUCUCAGUCUGGAUUCAAGCCUAACAACUGCUAUUGUUUAGUAGCUUCUCGUAGCUGUUUUUUUUUUCCCCCCAAUGCCUUGUCGGUGUGUUUGAUACGGAAAUCGGUGAGGCAUUGAUUUGUGUUUUUUUUUUUUUUUUUUAACCACGAUCCGGUCCGAUCUAGCGGGGGAGAGCAAUACAGAGGUUUGCGUGUAAUUUGUAAUUAUUUUCGUUCAAAGACGCAGACGGUGUAUUUGGCGAAUAGACGGCCUGAACACUAAGCCAGUGUUUAAUUAUCUAGUCAGUUUGUUUCGUCUAGACGAACGUUUUGUGUGGUUAUUUACAUAUAAACGUAAAUCUUCGAGUCAGAUAUAGGCGCUAUUUUGUAAGAAUCGGAUUUAACCGCACCUUCCCUAUCUGACUGUUAAAAACGGUUCAGUUGUGAGGGCCACCACGAAUUUUCUGUGCUGUUUUUUUUUUUGUAAAUCAUUUAUGCUUUAACCAGCAGGUGGCAAUAAUUACACCAAACCAAAAUUCUCCACAAUUUCUCUGUAUGGCCAUAAAUCUGUAGACACCUGUCCAUCGCAGGAAAAUGUGAUUUCUUCUCCAAACUGUUGCCACAAUGUUGUAAACACACACCGCUAGUAACAGUUCUACAGUUUCACUUCACUGAUACUAAGAGGCUUAAAUCCUGCUCCUUCGGGAUGAACUGGAACUAUGACUGAAACCCAACAUCGGCGUCUGAUCUCACUAACGCUCUCGUAGACGAUCGAUCACAAAUCCUCACAGCAUCUAGUGGAAAGACUUCCAUUACGACGGCAAAAAGAAGAUUAAACAUGGAGCGAGAUGUUCGACUAGCACGCGAGGGUGCGAUGGUCACGAGUGCACAAACACGCUCAUGCUGCCUCCUUAAAGACCAGACUGUAAGGAGGUUUCGGUUUCAGACAGCCGGGAUUUUCAGUGUUAUCCUGACGAUCAGGGCUUUGAGAGACUUCACCAAAAGUCGGCCCUGUGUUUCCUUUCCUCACCCCUGGGUAGAUGAGGCACUGGGUCACGUGAGAGCAUUGAAAAAAAGAUCCUUACUCAACCCCUAAGCAUCCUUUCUCCUCACUUCCCUCAUGUUUGCAGAAGACUGGAUUGAACAGUGCACCGUAUGUAAAUACGAAUAACGUUUUAGAUUGUGAAAAGUAGCAUGAGGUUGUUUUUUUUUUUGUUUUUUUUUACGGUUUCAAAAGCAAAAACACUUUAUUAAUAUUAUGGCAAAAUAAUAUUGUUGUUUAUUUUGUAUAUCUGUACUUUAGGUUGUUUUAUUAAUUUAUGUCACAGCCCAAACAGGUUAUUUUUAUUCCAAAUAAAUGAGAAGUGGUUUUGCUCUAUUUAUACAACUGGUCUAGUGAAACACUAAAAAAAAAAAAAAAAGAAAAAAAGAAAGAAAAAAAAAAUCUUGAUCUUGUCUCUUUACCUCAGACUUCCCGGUUCUGACUUGACGUUAUCACAACACGAUGAAGCAGUGUAGCACGACAGACAACAUGGUGCACGUGUUGUGAAACAUGUAACAUUCAAUGGGAAUCGACCAGCAGGUUCUCUCAGUUCUUUCUUUUUCUCCUGGCAACAAAAACGCACUUUGUGGUUUUUAGUGAACUUUUUUUCCCGCUCACUGCAACGCCACCGAUCGUCACCGUACCAUCGUCGGUGCACGCAAACGUAUUACCGUAACCCCGGACACGCCAUUCGAAAAGUAAAAGUAUUUAACAGUCAUAUUCAGGGCCUGGUUGGAAGUCGUUGUUACAUAUUGUACAUAUGAAAUUUUAUGCUACUCCUUCCUUCGAAUAAAGUAUAGUGACUGCUCUGA